AUUUGAAGGCAAAGCGGAUUCACUUACGGUGGCAGUAUAGCUGACUUGAUAACGUCACACGCUGUCGACAUCGGGGAGCAGCGACUGCUUGUGUGUAACGUCUAGAUUGAGGUUAUUAUAAAGUUCGCUAGGCUAUAUUAACAUGGUUGGAAAGAUAAAACAUGUCCGUCAGAAGAUUCACCAGGAGGCAGUCAAGCUUGACAGGCCGAGCAUUCUCACACAGCCCCCCGACUCUGUGCUAUCUCAGAGUUUAGAGAAGCCUCCUGCCUUGGGACUACACACAAUAAGUCCUCCACUUCUGGAAAACAACAAGAGUGACGCCUCGAAAAAUGUUAAACAGGCUCUGGCAGAGAGCUCCUUCCCCACUGGGAUCUUUGCUGGCACUAAGAUAACUCCAGAGGCCCUGGUACAAACACUGAAGUUUGAGGAACCUCCAGAGGUACCCACACCUGCCAAGAAAGGCCCAGAAGAGAAGAAAGUAAAGCCAAAGAAAGAGAAGAUGAAGGAGAGGAGGGAGAGAUGGCUCAACAAGAUCAGUUCCAUCAAACAGGCCAAGGAGCAGCAGGCAGCUGAGGCCCGGAGGCAGGCCACGCCGGUGGUGGGAGACAUGAGGCCGCUGGCCGACGCCCUGCCGGAGCUCUCGCAGCUCAUCGCCCCCGCCACUACAGCCCUCACUGCUCGCCGCAAGAGCAGGAAAAACAAAGUGCCGGUGAAGAGGCCUGAGCCAACAGAUUUCAGUCAGAUGAAACAGUCACAGAAACGCAAACUCCUGGAAACAGAGACCAACCGGUUUAGCAACGCAGUAAAGACCCUCUCUGCCAAAAUGAACCCCCUGGCUGAUAUCGGUGAGCAGCUAAGGAAGAGGAUGAGGCAGGAAGAAGAGCAAGGUCCCAGCUAACAACAACAGCAGCAGCAGCUCAACUGUGUGAGACUGAAGUGCUUCCAGACUCAAAGCAAUGAGUCCCAGGAACGGAAACCCAACCCCAGUACAUCCUUGGGUUUAAAAGGAGGAAGAACCUGAUAUCUGGUACCCCAUCACACCUCUCAACCACUGACUAAAAGAUGUUGCUGACUGCUCCCAGACAAAGAUGAGUGGCAUAAAGUGUAUUCAGUUUUAUUAUCCAAAUUUCCUCUUCAAUAAUAAAUCACAGUACAUUUAGCAAUCACAUUUUAUGUGUAUUUUCUAUAUAUUGGAUUUCUAAUGUUUAUUUUCAGGUGCAUUUGUAUUGGCUCCAACUCAAAACAUUUAAUAAUCCAACGGUGCAUGUAUAAACAAAUCUGCCUUGUUUCUAUCAACACCUACACAACCAUUCCCACUCUUCUAUUUUCAGUAUCUUCUCAUUGUGCCGUAUUCAGAAUAAGAUCAGCUCCCAACACGGAGUGACUCAUCAGCAAUAACCAUAGCAACUCCACUGAUCUAUGUAAAUGAACAUCUUGUCAGGGCAACACUGAGCCACAAACUGAAUGAAAAUAUUGUACAACUGUCAUCAGUAAGGAGACCAACAUGUUAUGGAGAGAUGUGGAAAUCACUAUAUAUGCAUGUCUUCAGAUUUAAAGGAUACUCUCCUUGUUUUAGUGCCCAAACCUCCUCCAAGCACAAUGCUGAUGUAUUGAAAUGCACCAGAGUAUCUAUAAUGUAAUAAUUUUUUUUCAUAUAAUUAAAUAUCUGUUUGUGCUGAAGCUCAUUUCUGCCAAUUGAAAAUAAAACUCACCAUCUCUGUUA